GUCAGGAGCAAGAUGAGGAUCAUGAGAGCAGCCGAGAUGCUACUCGAAUUGGUGAUACCAUGGCUCACUCUCUGCCUUUUACCACCUGCCGCCAGCACCGUCAUAGUUCAGACCAUGCACCAAAUGCCAGUAGUUAAAGAAUUGAGACCAGCUCACAAUGAAAAGAUCUGCAGUACAUGGGGCAACUAUCAUUUCAAGACGUUCGAUGGAGAUUUCUUCCAGCUUCCCUCACCUUGCAACUACAUCCUUGCGUCCCAGUGUAAGGGAACCUACGAAAAUUUUAACAUUCAGUUCCAACGGCAGGAGAUCAAUGGGGUCCCCAUCAUAAAGAGGGUCACCAUGAGACUGGACGGGGCUGAUGUGGAAUUAGACAAGACCUCCAUCAAAGUCAAUAAUGAACUUUUCACUUUACCAUUCAGCCGGUAUGGCAUUACAGCCGAAAGGACUGUCUCCUAUGUCAAAAUCGAGGCAAAGUUGGGCGUGGUCAUCAUGUGGAAUGAAGAAGACGCACUCUGGGUUGAGCUGGAUGCUAAAUUCAAGAACCAGACCUGUGGCCUGUGCGGUGACUACAACGGAGUCCAGGUUUAUGAUGAGUUCUUUAAAGAAGGGAAGACUGUAAGCCUUGAUUAUUUUGAGGAGACCUGGAAAGCCAAUGGUCCUACCGAAGACUGUGAAAAAAUCUCCCCUCAAGACAAACAGACCUGUGAAAAUCAAACCGACCUCUGCUCGAACUUGCUGUCAGGCCCUGCAUUCCUCAGCUGUAAUAACCUGAUGGAUAAGGACUCUUUCAUCGGAGCGUGUGUGAAGGACAUUUGCAGAUGUAACAGCAGUACCACAUGCUUGUGUUCGACCAUAUCAGAGUACUCCCGUCAGUGCGCUCAUGCAGGCGGGAAACCACACAAAUGGAAGACUGCACAAAUGUGUGCAAAAACCUGCCCUUUUAACAUGGAGUAUCAAGAAUGUGGUAGUCCUUGUACUGACACCUGCAGCAACCCCCAGAGAAGCGAAGUGUGUGAGGAUCACUGCCUAGACGGAUGCUUCUGUCCAUCUGGGACUGUCUUUGAUGACAUAACACAAAGUGGGUGUGUUGCUUUUGACAAAUGCUCCUGCACACACGAUGGCAAGUCAUACAAACCAGGAGAAUCAUACUCAAGGGCAUGUCAAAAAUGCACCUGUACCCAGGGUCAGUGGAAAUGUAUGGAUAUGGACUGUCCAGGUAUCUGCUCCAUACUGGGGGGCUCCCACAUCUCCACCUAUGAUGAUAAAAUGUAUACUUUCCAUGGAGACUGCUCUUAUGUCCUCUCCAAGGAAGCUAAUGGGACUUUCAGUGUCCUUGGUGACCUUGCCAAAUGUGAAAUAUCAAAAAAAUCAACUUGCCUGGGAGCAGUCACCCUAAACCUCCCUCAAAACAUGAAGAUUUUAGUGCAAGCUAACGGACAUGUUAUAUAUAACACAAUGAGAACUCCGUUGCCUCUUUUCAUGGAUGACAUAACAGUCUUCAGCCCAUCGACAUUCUUCAUUGUAAUCCACACCAAAUACGGGCUUGAUCUUGAGAUUCAGCUAAAACCCAUUAUGCAGGUCUACAUCAAAGCCAGUGUUCGAAAUAAAGGAAAACUCAUGGGUCUUUGUGGAGAUUUUAAUGAUGUGGAAGCUGAUGACUUCAGAACCACAAAUGGAUUGAUUGAGGGAACAGCGUCGACAUUUGUCAACACAUGGAAGACUAAGCCAAGCUGCCCAGAUGUUACAAACAUAAUUGGGGACCCCUGCACAUCGAGCAUAGACAAAGAGAAUUAUGCCAAGCACUGGUGUGGGAUGCUGUCAGACCCAAAAGGGAUUUUUGCAAAGUGUCAUUCUGAAAUAAACCCAGAAGACUAUCAGGAAUCUUGUAUUUAUGACACCUGUGCCGGUCAUAGCAGUGAGGAGUGCAUGUGUGCUGCUAUAUCCUCUUAUGUCCAUGCAUGCGCUGCUGAAGGCAUCCUGUUCAAAGGAUGGAGGAACACCAUUUGCCAGCGCUACGCAACUGGCUGCCCUGCUACUUUUGUGUAUGAAUACGAAAUGACAAGCUGUCGUCGCACCUGCCGCUCUCUUAGUCAGUCAGACUUAACUUGUGGCAUUGAGUUUACCCCAAUGGAUGGCUGCGGCUGUGCCAAAGGAACUUUCCUGAAUGACCGGGAUCAGUGUGUGCCAGCCUCACAUUGCUCUUGCCAGGUGGGAGACACGCUGGUGCACCCAAAGCAGUCUAUCACAGUCAAUGGAAAAACCUGCGUGUGCCUUAGUGGAACACUGAAUUGUAAAGGAAUACAUACAGAAGAAUCAUGCAAAAAGCCGAUGGUUUACUUCAACUGCUCCAGCUCAAAGCCACGUGAGAAGGGAUCCGAAUGUCAAAAGAGCUGCCAGACUCUGGACACAGACACAUGUGCCAAUACACAUUGUAUGUCAGGCUGUGUAUGCCCAGCCGGCCUGGCGCUUGAUGGUAAAGGAGACUGCAUAAAGGAACAGAACUGUCCCUGCACACAUAAUGGAAAGUCCUUUCAAUCUGGAGAGAAUGUCACUGUAAACUGCAAUACCUGUACUUGCAAAAGCAGAAAAUGGACAUGUACAGAUCAUGAGUGUGGUGGAUUCUGCACCAUAUAUGGAGAUAGCAAUUACAUCACUUUUGAUGAGAAGAAAUUCUCCUUUAAUGGGGAAUGUAGCUACAUCUUCACUCAGGAUUACUGUGGAGAAGACAUGAAUGGCACCUUUAGGGUCCUAACAGAGAGCAUCCCAUGUGGUGGGAGUGGAACCAUUUGCUCCACUGCUAUCAAGCUUUACUUAGGGAACAACGAAAUCAUUCUUUCAGAGGAAAGUGUCAGAGUUAUCAAACAAAGCAAAGGGGAAGACAUACCAUAUAAGGUCCACACUAUGGGUAUUUAUCUUGUCAUUGAGGCAAAGAAUGGACUUGUUCUUAUGUGGAAUAAGAGGACAACACUCAUGAUCAAACUCAAGUCAAAUUUCAAGGGAAAAGUCUGUGGUCUGUGUGGGAAUUACGAUGGAAAUAUCAAGAACGAUUUUACCACCAGAAACAAAGGAGCUGUGGUUGACGCCCUUGAGUUCGGAAACAGCUGGAAAGUGUCACCUAAUUGCCCUAAUGCAAAAACAGCAAAAGAUCCCUGCAGUAUGUACUCAUACAGGAAGGCAUGGGCAUCAAAACACUGCGAUAUUAUCAAUAAUGAAGUAUUUGCUACUUGCCAUUCGAAGGUGGAUCGAAAAAAAUAUUAUGACGCCUGUGUGAGAGACACGUGUUCCUGCAACACAGGAGGAGACUGUGAGUGUUUCUGCUCUGCCGUCGCAGCCUACGCAGCAGCCUGUAACGAGGCCGGAGCGUGUGUGAGAUGGAGAACUCCCACAAUCUGCCCUAUAUUCUGUGAUUUUUACAACCCUGAUGGAGAGUGUGAAUGGCACUAUAAGCCUUGUGGAAAACCAUGUAUGAAGACAUGCAGAAAUCCCUCGGGAGAAUGCUUCAACCACAUUCCAGCAUUAGAAGGCUGCUAUCCAAAUUGCCCGUCUGAACGACCUUAUUUCGAAGAGGAUGACAUGAAGUGUGUGUCAAAUAAGGAAUGUGGCUGUUAUGAUGACGAAGGGAAUCACCAUGAAGAAGGGAAGCUUUGGCCUUCAAAAGAUAACUGUCACAACUGUAAAUGUUCUUCAACAAAAGUGAAGUGCUACUAUGAUAAUCUAGCUUGCAAUUGUUACUAUAACGGGCAUAUUUACAAGUAUGGAGAGACUGUCUAUGAGACACAUGAUGGAAAUGGAACCUGUUUAAAGGCUGUUUGUGGAGAAAAAGGAAAUAUUAUCAGAACCACAGAGACUUGCCCUACAACUGCACCAUCCACAACAUUUAAUUUUACGAGUGAAAAAUCAAGAACAACCACACAACAUCCUACCACAGCAACAUCACAAACGUCUCAUCAUCCAAGUGUCACAACUGAGGCUGUGACAGCGAUUACGACAUUCUCGAUACCGAUGGCUUCUACGAGGUCUAAAACAACAGUUCUAUCAUCAAGACCCAGCUCCAAAGCUACCACUGUCACAGUAAAAUCCAGCACAACAUCAACAUUCACAGAAAACCCUACCACAACCAUUAUAGUCACUGAAAAGCCCAACACAACAACCCCUGAAGUUAUUACGAAUACAGUUGCUAAAGCAACGCCAUUAACAGAACCUGUGAUUAAGCUCACAAGUACAACACCCACAGAAAAACCCACCGCAACACCCACAGAAAAUCCCACCACUACCACCACCAUCACAAAACCACCAACCACAAUAACAGAAAAACAGACCACGACAUCCAUAAUCACAGUAAAACCCACGACAACCACUAAAGUUACCGAAAAACCCACCACAAUACACAUAGAAAAUCCCAGCACUAAAGCUACCAUAACCACGGAAAAACCCACCACUACCACUACAGUCACUGAAAAUCCUACCACGAUACCCACAGAAAAACCCACCGCAACCACCAAAAUUACAGAAGAACCGACCACAACCACACAAGUUACCGAAAAACCAACCACAACCACUACAGUCACUGAAAAUCCUACCACAACAGCUACAGAAAGUCCCAGCACUAAUGGUGUUACAUUCUCGGAGAAACCUACCACUACUACUACCACCAUCACAAAACCACCAACAACGAUAACAGAAAAACAGACCACGACAUCCAUAAUCACAGAAAACCCAACGACAACCAGUAAAGUUACCGAAAAACCCACCACAACACCAACCGAAAAGCCCAGCACUAAAGCUAUCACCGUCAAAGGAAAAUCCACCACACCAGCCACAGAAAGUCCCAGCACUAUUGGUGUUACAUUCUCUGAGAAACCUACCACUACCUCCACCAUCACAAAACCACCAACCACGAUAACAGAAAAACAGACCACGGCAUCCAUAAUCACAGAAAACCCUACCGCAACCACUGUAGUCACUGAAAAACCCACCAUAACCACUAAAGUUACAGAAAAUAAUACAAUACCCACAGAAAAGCUAAGCACUACUGGAGUCACAUUCUCAGAGAAACCGACCCCCACACCCACCGUCCAAAAGACACCCACUACAGUAACAGAAAAACCAACCACAACAACCACAGUCACAGAAAAAACAACCAAAACUACAGAGAAGGAACUAACUACUACUGAAACAACAACUAAAGAACCCACCACCCCUGCAAAAACCACAGAAAAGCCUACUUCAACAAUAACUAAAACCCCAACACCUUCAACCCUUCAGUCUUCAACACCAGGCAGAACAACAGUAUGUUUUUGCAAGUACAUGGAUCAUUUAUUUUCUCCUGGUAGCUUCAUGUACAACAAGACUGAUGAAGAAGGCUGGUGUUUCACUGCAUACUGUGACUUGACAUGCAAUGUUCAGAAACUUGCUAGACCAUGUCCCUCCACUACUCCACCAACUCCUACCACCACUUUAACAAGCACUGGGACUACAAAAGAAGACUGUUUGUAUCUUCAUCCACCUAGAAAGGAUGGUGACGUUUGGAGUGGCAAAUGCACCAGAUCCACAUGUGACGACGGAAAAAUUACAACAGAACAUGCGAAAUGUGAACAUGUGACCAAGCCUAAAUGUGAAAAUGGUCAACCACCAGUGGAGGUUUAUGAUGAAAGAGGCUGCUGUUUCCACUAUGAGUGCAGAUGUAUUUGCUCUGGCUGGGGAGAUCCUCAUUAUAUAACGUUUGAUGGCCAAUAUUACAGCUUCCAGAAAAACUGCACAUAUGUCCUUGUCAAAGAGAUCAUUCCUCAACACAAUUUAACAAUUCUUAUCAGCAAUGUAAAUUGUGAUCCCUCUGGAUCUGUGACCUGUCCUAAAGCUUUGAUUGUGUAUUACAAAGACUAUGAAGUUAUUCUCACACAGGAGAGAGACCCAAAGACUGUGAACAUGGUGUACAUCAAUGGCAAGCGGGUAUUGCCAACCUACUCUAAUGAAGACUUUAUCAUAACAACUACAUCAAUUGAGCUACUUAUGAAAAUCCCGGAAAUUGAAGCAGUUGUGAUGUAUAAAGGACUUUUAUUCAGUGUUGACCUGCCAUUUUCCAUUUUCCACAACAACACCGAGGGACAGUGUGGUACCUGUGACAAUAACAAGAAAAACGACUGCAGAUUACCAAAUGGCAAAAUUAAUCCUGGAUGCUCUCAGAUGGGAGAGUGGAAAGUACCAGAUAAGAAAAAGCCCUAUUGUGACAAUCCACCCCCAGGAACAAACACAACAAUAACAUGCAACAAAACUGAUAAUCCUAUUUGUGAAAUUCUGAAUAGCAAGGUGUUUGAGAAAUGCCACAAAAUAAUCUCAUCAGAACCAUUUCAUGAGGGUUGUAAUUAUGAUGCUUGCAUAACAAACAGCACAGUAGUUGCUUGUUCCAGUUUGGAGUCGUAUGCUGCGAUGUGUGCUAGAGAAUCUGUAUACAUAUCAUGGAGGGAAGCUACAAAUGGACAGUGUGAAUUCAAGUGUCCAGGGAAUAAGGUCUACCAGCCUUAUGGGCCAACCUUUGAACCUACUUGCAAUGCAAGAUACAAUAAGAAGUAUACACAAAAAUGUGAAGGACAAAAUGACAAACAGAACCAUUCUUGUAAUGACAUGAUGGAGGGAUGCUUCUGCCCAGAGGGGAUGACUCUGUUCAGUUCGACCUCUGACAUCUGUGUCUCCGCUUGUUGCACUGGACCAGAUGGCCAACCUAAACAGACUGGUGACAAUUGGCUGAGUGGCUGUCAGCAGUGUUCUUGUGAUAAUGACACUAUGAGUGUUCAGUGUAAGCCGCGCACAUGUACCAUUCAAAAUACAACAGUCUGCGAGGAAGGCGAGGAGUUGGUGAACAACAUGGUCGGCUGCUGUGCCGAGCAGACCUGUGUUACUACUCGUCGUAACUGUGCAAUGAUCAGGAACACCACAUAUCUGCAGAAGAAGGACUGCAAGUCGGUGGUACCAGUGGAAAUCACCGCCUGUGCCGGAUCCUGUGGAGAGUCCUCGUCAAUGUAUUCUGCAGAAAGCAACCGCUUGAUGCAUUCAUGCACGUGCUGUCAAGAAAUGUCCACCAGCAAGAAGAAGGUGGAGAUGACCUGCGCUAAUGGCCAAAAAGAAAUGCACACCUACAUUUCAGUUGAAAAGUGUGGUUGCAAUAUCACUGAAUGUAAAGAUAUGAAAGGCUAAUGUAAACAUUUUGCGAGACAACUUCGACAACUAAGCUCAGCAAGUUGAAGGGAAAAUCUAACUUAUAUACUUUUAUGAACUUUAAACAAUUCCUCUCCAAAAACUACAAGACUCAAUGCGUAAAGACACACCUCUUUGUACUUUGCAGUCCCAAGUAAGAGCAAAUAAUAGUAGAAAGACAUGUUCUAUUUUCACUCUGACAAUGCUCGUCAUCACUUCGUUAUUAUUAUCGGGCACGCAGGUCCCCAAAGUGCCUCGUGAUGACGGCACAUAUUUGUGUCCUGGUGUCUCUUGUAGCUUUUGAAGAGGUUGUUGCAUUAUACAAAUUGUUCCACUUGGUGUUUCCUUCAGAGGGUGUUUCUCUUUCUUUUACUUUAAAUGACCUCAGAGUUAAUAGUAGUUGAGUAAUUAUUUCUAACAGCAACGGCGAAGAUCUUAUAACCCUUAAAUGAUCUUAUCACCCAUUAAACUACUGUAUAAUGAAAAGAGUGUGAAGAAUGUCAACAUUCUUUAUCCAAUAUCUGAUGUGUCAAACUUCUGCAAACUGAAUGCUGUCAGUGUCAUUAAAACUCAUCAUCAUAAGG